AUGACUUUGGGAGGACUCGAGGCUCCGAAAGUGACUCCGGAUGGCAUGGUAGAUAAACGUCUCCGGGUCAAGAUUGAGCACCUCAACGAGCUCUUUCCUCAACGGUCAACAUCCGAGAUCAAGAAUUCCUUGGUAUUUUGUAACGGAAACUUCGACGAUGCUUUGGAUCUACUCUCUGGAAGUCCUGGCUCGAGCCAAUCCGUCGCCUCCGCAAGCCUAUCACAGAAUAACGCGAUCAUAAAGGUAAAGCACGAGUAUGAGACAUUAGAGGAUUUCGAGAAUGUCAAAACGAGAGAGAAGGUUGCGAUGCUGCUAGAUUUGUGCAUUGCGCAACCGAUCCCCAUUUUAAUUGAUAUCUUAGGGCACUGCGAUUGGAACGUCGACAGGGCAGCCAAUAUUCUGCUCAACGAUUAUACCUUGCCGGAUAGGCACAUUGAAGGCAAUCAUGAGCCAGUGGAGGGUGUCAGCCAAAUUGCAGGGGAUGGCGCUUCUGCUGCCUCUACGGGAUUUGAUCCAACUCCGCCAUCGACUCCACGAUCGACUCCGCCCUUCCUCACGGUCCAGCAGCGCUAUCCGGGUGGAGUGAUGCCAAGCCUUGUGCUCUCCCUGAGAAAUAGAGAUGAGAAUCCACAGAGCCAGACCGAGCCUCAAGAACCUCAGCCUAGGGAGAGCCACGAGCAAAGUCCAGAGCUUACAUCAAGUUCAAGUUCCAUCGAUGACCUCAGCAACAAGCAGCAUCCAGAGCCUAUAGUAAAUGCAGGUUCCAUUCAUCUCGGAAAGAAUGCAGCAACGAACAAACAAGGUGGCGAGCAGCAAGCCCAAAGCCAAAUUUAUGGAUUCGGUAAUGAUGUAGAAAUGGCCCGAGAGGAGACCAUAGAGGUAAAGGUCAAACAACUCCAUGAGUUACUUCCCAGGGCUGCCAAGCGACGGUGUAAGGCUAUACUACAAUUGUGGCCCAAUAUCGACGAAGCCUUUGGUGUUUUAUUCGAAGAAAUUGCAGAGCAUGGCUCGGAUGAGAGUGGAGCUGAGACAGAUGAUGAGGACAAUGAUUCAGAGAUGAGCAAUGAGGAAUUCGAAACAGAGCGGCCCAUUCCAGGCAGAGAUCACCGAGCCUCAGGAAUCGAUUCAGGAAGUAGACAAGACAAGAGGCGUGCAGAGACUCCGGUGGAAGAGCCCCCGGCGAAAAAGUCUCGUUUGGUGAUAAAGUAUGAGAACGACGAGGAAGCCGAAGCGGCCAAGCUUGAACCGGCGGGUGAAUGGGUUUUGAAUAAUUUUGGCGAGAGUAGGGGAAUUCAAAUUGUUCUUAAGAGCGGCCAACACCCGUGCAGGUUUCCCAAGGGUCUGCUCUCUAGACACUUCAGGUUUUGCAGCGAGCAACUAAAAACGACUCCGUCUGAGUCAACCGCAGAGCCUCGUGAAGAGACUAUCGACCUUCCAGAUGUCGACCGUGAAGUAUUCGACCUCGCUAUUCAAUUGGCAAUCACCAAGUCAUUCCAGCUGCUUAAGGCCCAAUCGAAGACGAGGUCGACUGAGAUCACGGCUGUACUUGAGCUGGCUACCCUUACGAGUCGACUCGGACUCUCUGGAGCUGGAUGCAUCAUUGCCGCACGCCUGAAAGAGGCACUCCUGGAUAGACGUAACUCUCUACAAGGGAAGCAUAUUGAGAUGGCGUAUACGCUCAAGAAAGGCCAUCCUAUCCGGAAGGUCAUUGUGCAGUCCCUGGGCAGGGCAUACUUUAUAUUGAGGCAACCGCCCGAAUCGAAGAAGCGCCAACUCUACCGAAGGGGGGAGGGGGACAAUGCUCGACGCAAUGCUUUCGGCGCUGAACGAUUCAUGUUCCAGGACCAGCUCGAUAGCAUUGACGACUUCAACCUAGAACUUUCUACGCAGGCGAUUGACAUCAUGCACGAUAGGAAUGAGUUGAUAAGCAGGAGUGGCAAGACGAGGACCAUAACAUAUACAGAUCCUCUGUCGGAAGAAGAGUUCUCCCUCUAG